AUGGCGCAGCUCCCAUGCUGGGCGCUCGCUGUGGGCAGGAGCUGCUCCAAGGAUGAGCAGCAGUAUGCAUGCAGCCAACUCCUCAGGCAGAAAAUCCCCUUUUUGGAUAUCCACGUUCAAAAUGCUCCUGGUGACCAGAGACAGCUGCGUAUCGGGCCUCAGCUCACCAGCUUUGCCACGCGGGCCGUGGGCAGUGUGCUCACUGCCUUUCACGUCCUGGUGGAGGAUGUGGCGCUUGGAACAGAGCCGAUGAAGCGAGCCCUGGUGCUGGGGGCAUCAGCCCUGCUCAUCCUGGCGCUGAACCAGAACGCGAUCCGAGAGGUAGGAGAGUCCGGGUGGCUCACGCAGCCCCGCUGCGGCGUCCCCAAAGGGCUCCGGGCUACGGCAAAGAUCACAUACCAGGCAGUGCUGCUGGAGAACCUGGGAGUGACUCUCACCCUGUGGUCAACCUGCGGUCUCUCCCGAGGAGGCCUCUACGGAGAGUGGCAGGGAGUCAUCUGCACGGGAGAGAACAGCUCACAGGUCCAGAAGUACCUCCAGCAGCUCUGGAACACCAUCCUGCUCAUUGCCCUGCUCCUCUGCACGGGGGUGAUUGUGCAGGCCCAACGGCAGUCCCGGCAAAGCUUGUUGGAGCAGGACACUGAGCUGGACCUGAAGCAGCACAUUCUGCCCCUAAGCCCCGGGAGGCACCAGCCUGGAAAGCCGCUCCAGAGCCGGGCCUGUGAGAUAGAUAGCUGCGCCGUGUGCUUGGACCAGUUCCACAAGAGCCAGUGGCUGCGGGUGCUGCCGUGUUCCCACGAGUUUCACCGGGACUGUGUGGAUCCUUGGCUCCUCUUGCAGCAGACCUGCCCUCUCUGCAAGCACAACAUCCUGGGGAACUGCUGCGGAGAGAGCUAGCUGGCCCGACGGAUGUGCUCCAGGGACGGAUCCACCGCUGCUCCGGGAAGAGAGAGGGAGAGGGAGGGGGGCAGGGACAGGCAUGGGGUGCUCUGUGAGCUGUGCUCGGUGCUGGAGUGGGGUCAGUGCGGCGGGCUGAGCUGCGCCUGGGGAGGUGGGGGAAGCCCUGCCUUUAUGCUCAGCUCAGCACGGGCUCUGCCCUUCGCCGCAUCCAGGCAGCGCCAGCCGGUGCCU